GCACUAUUAAAAGCCAUUAAUUCUAAAGAACUGGAAGAAGAUAUCUUUAUAUUAUACUCUUUGAAGAACAUAUUUUAACAAAUAUUUAGCAAAUUCGAUUACUUGACUACGUUAACGGAAUUCAUCGUUAAAUAUAACCAUGAGUAUGCGACCAGACGAUCAUCGACGGAAGUGGGAUAAAGAUGAAUUCGAAAGAAUUGCUGCAGAAAGAUUAAAAGCAGAAAUAGAAGAAGAAGAAAGAUCCAAAAAGAAAGCUCCACCGAUCAAAAGAGAACUAUUAAAGCAGCGUGAUUACAAAGUUGACUUAGAUUCUAAAUUAGGUAAAAGUGUAGUGAUAACAAAGAACACCCCUACUUCACAAUCAGGAGGAUAUUAUUGCAAUGUUUGUGAUUGUGUUGUCAAAGAUUCAAUUAACUUCUUGGACCAUAUAAAUGGAAAAAAACAUCAAAGGAAUCUUGGCAUGUCUAUGAAAAUUGAAAGGAGUACUUUAGAUCAGGUAAAAGCAAGAUUUGCAUCAAAUAAACGUAAACUAGAAGAGAAGAAACAUGAAUAUGAGCUUGAUACUCGGCUCAAAGAAGCUGCAGAAGAAGAAGCCAGAUUGAAGGAGCUCCGCCGUGAACGACGUCGGGAUAAGAAACGCAAGCUUCAGGAGACUGAGGAACCCGAUGAAGGACCUGCUCAAUCAGAACUAGCUCAAAUAAUGGGUUUUUCUGGAUUUGGAGCAUCUAAAAAAUAAUAACAACUUUUUCAAUUACAUAUCAUUGGACUUUUAAAAUAAAUGAUAAGGAUAUGAAUGUUACAAAAGUUCAUUUGUUAAAAUUUUCAAUUUACUAGUAAUGUAAACGGCAUACAUCAGAGUUGGCUAACUUGUUUAUUAUUAUUUGUGGCUCUCGAUUCAUGUACCCGUGUUUCUUUUUCGUUUUUGUGUUGUAACAUUUAUAAAAAUUAUUAUCAAAAGAAUACUAACAAUAAAAUAUAUAGCCAUUUUCCUCAAAUUUAAAAAAUGUUCCAAUAUUAAACACGAAAAUGUCAACGAGUAUAUAAAAAACCAGCCAAGUGCGAGUUGGACUCGCGCACAGAGUUCCAUACCAUUGACUAGGUAUUGUAACUAGCACGCCUUGCUUCGUGACGUUAUCGCUACCCGCCGCGCGCCCGCCCUUGCAGCACGCCGCGCCGUCUGCGCCCCACUGCAGCGCUCCCACAACAGUUUAUAAACUAAAUAUAAGAAAUUUUUCUGUCUGUGUAUGUAUGUAUGUGUGUGUAUUAAAUUGUUACAUAAAA